AUGGCUCCCACAAGUAAAGCUGAUAAGAAGGCGGCAGAUGCAGCCGCAUGGAUGUUCAAUGUUGUAACAUCUGUUGGGAUCAUAAUUGUCAAUAAAGCUCUAAUGGCAACAUAUGGCUUCAGUUUUGCUACAACAUUAACUGGUUUGCACUUUGCUACAACAACUUUGAUGACGGUUGUUCUAAGGUGGCUGGGAUACAUUCAACCUUCUCAUCUACCAGUCUCUGAGCUUCUGAAAUUUAUGAUCUUUGCUAACUUCUCUAUUGUUGGAAUGAACGUUAGUCUAAUGUGGAACUCAGUGGGAUUCUAUCAGAUCGCAAAGCUGAGUAUGAUCCCUGUAUCAUGUUUACUGGAAGUUGUUCUUGACAAGAUUCGUUACUCAAGAGACACGAAGUUGAGCAUAGGAGUUGUUCUCUUGGGAGUUGGUGUUUGCACUGUCACUGAUGUGAGUGUCAAUGCCAAGGGCUUCAUUGCUGCCUUUAUAGCUGUAUGGAGCACUUCGCUACAACAGUAUUAUGUGCACUUUCUUCAACGGAAAUAUUCACUUGGUUCUUUCAGUCUGUUGGGACAUACUGCUCCAGCUCAGGCUGGAUCUCUUCUGUUACUAGGCCCCUUCCUUGACUAUUGGUUGACAAGUAAGAGAGUUGAUGCCUAUGACUAUAACUUUACAUCUCUGAUGUUUAUAUUUCUUUCAUGCACAAUCGCAGUAGGCACCAAUCUCAGCCAGUUCAUCUGUAUUGGAAGAUUUACUGCUGUCUCCUUCCAAGUACUUGGACAUAUGAAGACAAUUCUUGUUUUGAUCAUGGGGUUCUUUUUCUUUGGAAAGGAGGGUCUGAAUCUGCAUGUUGUUUUGGGAAUGAUCAUAGCUGUUGUUGGGAUGAUUUGGUAUGGCAAUGCCUCAUCUAAGCCCGGUGGAAAGGAGCGCUGGAGCCACGCUCUCCCUACAAGCAGGCAGCAAAAACACAGUGGUUUUCCUGAAUCUACCGAACAUGAUGGAAAAGUUUAA